AUGACCUACAAAGCAGACCCUAACGGGACCAACACUAUUGUACCAGCAAAUGAUGACGCUAAAGCUGAAGCUCCUAGAGUUGAAGCUGAAGCUGAGGUUGUUAAUGAAAAUCCAACUUCCUCUGAUGAUGGUGAUGUGGAAGAAGACGAUGAAGAAGAUGAUGAAGAAGACGGUGAGUCUCCCGACCUUCCUAACGUUGGAAAUGACCUGGACGAUGAUGAUGAUGAAGAUGACGACGACAAAUUCACUAUUCAAUACCAGAGACCUACCGGUGCCACGAAAGGCGUCGCCCUCAAGGAUUCUGCAUCCCAGGGGGUGCAAAGGGAAAAAGAGGCAUCUCAAGAAAAGCACCAAGUCGAAAAAAAAAAGGUGUUGUUGGAGAAGGCAAUCUUAAGUUGUGGUGAUUUCGACUUCCUGACAGAAGAUGGAAGACUCGAGGCUCUCAAGGCCGAGGAAGAACUAGAACUUCAAAUAAAACAAACUGAGGACAGCUUAAAGCUGGCCAAGUCCCUUGCCACCAAAGUUCUUCCAAGGAAGAAAUCCACAAAGACGGUAAACGUUGUCCAGGCCCAAGCUAAGCUUCUCUCUAUUGCAGAAGUUGAACACGAGAAAAAUUUGAAGCUAGCCGAGUGA